AUGAAGGAGCAUCAGGAAAGAGUUGACAAAAUACCAGGUGCCCCUAAGCUAUUGCCAAAAUGUGAUGUGGGCCGAUUCGUCGAACAGCCAUACAGCGAAGGGGAUGCCCCUCAUCCUAUUCCAAAAACAUUCAAGAUGCCGCCAUACCUGAAAAUAUACGACGGGACCAUAGACCCGGAGGAUCAUCUAAUCCAUUAUAUUACUGCGGUAAAAGGCAAUGACCUGUCAAAGGAGCAAGUACCAUCUGUGUUGUUAAAAAUGUUUGGCGAGACUUUGACGGGGGAGCACUGGCAUGAGAUGGCGGAUAAGUUCGCCACCGUUCAUGCAGGGGUGAAGAAGGCUGAAGCUAGGGUCAAUGAUAUCUUCGCGAUCAAGCAAACGACGGGCGAAGGACUUCGGGAUUUCUUGGCUCGAUUCAACAGAACUCAUGAAGUAUCCCCCACCAUGUGGGAAGAGAUCCAUAAUGCCUAUUGUGCUGAGGUAAGAGCAGAUGAGGAUGAUCUGAAUGGCCCAAUUCAGCGAUUAACGUCAGUUCAGACCGAGGUAAGGAGAGAUCGACGUAAUGACGGGCGAAGAGACCAACCACCACGCUUCAACCGAGAAAGGAAUCAGCCCUAUAUUCGAACAUCCAACGUGCCCCCUCCACGACACGCAGAAGCCUUGCAACGGCACACUGCGUGCCUCCAAAAUGAAAGAGAGAUAGUGUAUGCACUGGAGAAGCUGGGCACGAAGGUACAAUGGCCACAAAAGAUGAAAUCGGACCCGAGCACCAGAAGGUCCAAUGUUCUCUGCGAAUUCCACCAAGAAAGAGGAAAUAAGACCGAGGAUUGCAUAGUUCUACGCCAAGAAGUAGUUAGGAUGUUGAACCAGGGGUACCUGAAAGAACUACUCAGUGACAAAGGAAGGGCCAACUUUGCCAGAGGACGUGAUCCAUCUUAA